GCCGCUCUGGCAGGCGGGGCUGGCGUGUCCGGGAGGCCUGCCCGCUGGUGCCCGGCCGGAGCGCGAGCGCUUCCGGGUGGCUCCUGCGGCCCCGCCGGCCGAAGGCGCGCCGUCCUGGCAGGCUGCAAAGAUCGGCGCGGACAGGCCGGACGCCGCUCGGUCCUCUUCCGCCUCCGGAGUCCGCCCGCAGCCCGAAGGAUGCGGCAGUAGCGGGAUGGUUGGCUGCGCGAUCUGGCAUGUCGUCCUGGACGGCCGAGCUGAAGGAGGGCGCUUCCGCGGCUAAGUUCUUCCUGGGCUGCCCAGAUGAGGAGGUGGACUUCCCGGGAGCAGAGCUGAAGAUGGAGGAGCUGCCCUUCUUUGAGGAUGAGGAGGAGGAGGAAGAGUCGCCUCCAGAACGGCAGAUUGUGGUUGGCAUUUGCGCCAUGACCAAAAAGUCCAAAUCCAAGCCCAUGACACAAAUCCUGGAGCGACUGUGCAAGUUUGAAUACAUCGCGGUGGUGAUCAUGGGGGAAGAUGUCAUCCUGAAUGAGCCGGUGGAGAAGUGGCCGGCCUGCGACUGCCUCAUCUCCUUCCACUCCAAAGGGUUUCCUCUGGACAAAGCCGUUGCUUAUGCCAAGCUCUGCAACCCUUUUCUGAUUAACGACCUUGAUAUGCAAUAUUACAUCCAGGACAGGCGGGAGGUAUACCGGAUCCUGCAGGAGGAGGGAGUAGACCUGCCUCGUUAUGCGGUGCUCAACCGGGACCCUGAUCGCCCAGAGGAGUGCAGCCUGGUGGAGGGGGAGGACCAUGUGGAGGUCAAUGGGGCCAUUUUCCCCAAGCCCUUUGUGGAAAAGCCAGUCAGUGCUGAGGACCACAACGUCUACAUCUACUAUCCUUCUUCAGCUGGCGGGGGCAGCCAGCGCCUUUUCCGCAAGAUUGGGAGCCGCAGCAGCGUCUACUCUCCAGAGAGCAGCGUACGGAAGACCGGAUCAUACAUUUAUGAGGAGUUCAUGCCUACAGAUGGCACGGAUGUCAAGGUCUACACGGUGGGUCCCGACUACGCACACGCUGAGGCACGGAAAUCCCCUGCUCUCGAUGGGAAGGUGGAACGAGAUAGCGAAGGAAAGGAGAUCCGCUACCCAGUUAUGUUAACAGCCAUAGAGAAGCUGGUAGCCCGGAAAGUCUGUGUGGCCUUCAAGCAGACAGUGUGCGGCUUUGACUUACUGCGGGCCAAUGGCCAGUCCUUCGUCUGUGAUGUCAACGGCUUCAGUUUUGUGAAGAACUCUAUGAAGUACUAUGAUGACUGUGCCAAGCUCCUUGGGAACAUCAUCAUGCGUGAAAUGGCUCCCCAGUUCCAGAUCCCCUGGUCCAUCCCCACAGAAGCAGAAGACAUCCCCAUCGUGCCUACCACUUCAGGGACAAUGAUGGAGCUACGGUGUGUGAUUGCAGUUAUAAGGCAUGGUGAUCGGACCCCCAAACAGAAGAUGAAGAUGGAAGUGAAGCAUCCCAGAUUCUUUGUUCUAUUUGAAAAAUACGAGGGCUACAAGACUGGGAAGCUGAAACUGAAAAAGCCAGAGCAGCUUCAGGAGGUGCUGGACAUUGCUCGGCUGCUAGUGCAGGAGCAGAGUGCUCUCGGGGAUGCGGUGGCCGAGGAGCAGAAGUCAAAACUGGAGCAGCUCAAGACCGUGUUGGAGAUGUACGGACACUUCUCUGGAAUCAACCGCAAAGUGCAAUUGACCUACCUGCCUCAUGGGCAUCUGAAGGCUUCCAGUGAGGAAGAAGAUCUCAAGGAAGCCUCCCCAUCUUUGCUCUUGGUGCUGAAGUGGGGGGGCGAGCUGACUCCUGCUGGCCGAGUGCAAGCGGAGGAGCUGGGCCGAGCCUUCCGCUGCAUGUAUCCAGGGGGCCAAGGAGACUAUGCUGGUUUUCCAGGCUGUGGCCUCCUUCGACUGCACAGCACGUACCGCCACGAUCUCAAGAUCUACGCCUCCGAUGAGGGCAGAGUCCAGAUGACAGCGGCAGCAUUUGCAAAGGGCCUCCUUGCUCUGGAGGGGGAGCUGACGCCCAUCCUAGUGCAAAUGGUGAAGAGCGCCAACAUGAACGGUCUGCUGGAUAGCGACAGUGACUCCCUCAGCAGCUGCCAGCACCGGGUGAAGGCUCGUCUGCGGGAGAUUAUGCAGAAAGACGUCUCAUUUUGCACAGAGGACUAUGAGAAGCUGGCGCCAACAGGCAGUACUUCGCUCAUCAAGUCCAUGAGGAUCAUUGGGAAUCCAGUGGAGACCUGUGAACAAGUCUUUAAGCUGAUUGAGAACCUCACUUCCCAGAUCCAGAAACGUCUGGAGGACCCCAAGUCUGCUGACUUGCAGCUGUACCACAGUGAGACCCUGGAGCUGAUGCUGCAACGCUGGAGGAAGCUGGAGCAAGACUUCCGACUGAAGAACCGGCGUUACGAUAUCAGCAAGAUCCCCGACAUCUACGACUGUGUCAAGUACGACAUACAGCACAAUGCUGGCCUGCAGCUGGAAGGCACCCAUGAGCUGCUCCGGCUCUCUAAGGCGCUGGCGGAUAUUGUCAUCCCCCAGGAGUACGGCAUCAGCCAACAGGAGAAGCUGGAGAUUGCGGUGGGCUUUUGCCUGCCUCUCAUCAAGAAGAUUCAGCUGGACCUGCAGCGAACCCACGAGGAUGAGUCUGUCAACAAGCUGCACCCCUUGUAUUCCAGGGGAGUCCUGUCUCCAGGGCGUCAUGUCCGGACACGUUUGUACUUCACCAGUGAGAGCCACGUCCAUUCCCUACUUAGCAUCUUCCGCUAUGGAGGCCUGCUAGAUGCCUCAAAGGACGCCCAGUGGAAGAGGGCCAUGGACUACUUGGGAGCCAUUUCAGAGCUGAACUACAUGACCCAGAUUGUCAUCAUGUUGUAUGAGGACAACAACAAGGACCCAUCAUCCAAGGAGAGGUUCCAUGUGGAGCUGCACUUCAGUCCCGGAGUGAAAGGCUGCGAGGAGGAAGGCAGUGCCCCAGCGGGAUGCGGCUUCCGCCCAGCCUCUGCAGAGAAGGAGGUCAGAAAGCCAGAGCAGGGAAGUCUAGAGGACCUGGAGGAGUCCAAGGGCAACGAUGAGACAGACAGGGUGGAGGCCCGGUCCCCGCAGCCUUCGGAGCCGGUCUGCAUCCAGCGCCGGUCACCCUUGAUCCGGAACCGCAAGGCUGGCUCCAUGGAGGUGCUGUCCGAGUCAUCCAAAUCCAGCGGGUACCGGCUCUUUUCCUACGCCAGGCAUUCAUCAGAAGGGAAACAAAGUGGCUUGGGGUCCCCGUGCUCAAGGCUCUUCAGCACCACUGUCCUGGGGGGCUCCUCCAGUGCCCCAAAUCUUCAGGACUAUGCACGCAGCCAUGGGAAAAAGUUUGUCUCCAGCUUUCUGUACAAAGAUGAGCUCUUGUCUAUGCCAGCCAUAAAGAGAUUUUCUGUGUCAUUUGCAAAGCAUCCAACUAAUGGGUUUGAAGGCUGCUCCAUGGUGCCCAGCAUCUACCCAUUGGAGACGCUGCACAACUGCCUCUCUCUUCGCCAGGUCAGCGAUUUCUUGACCACUCUGUCUGGGAGCUGCCCCAACGCCCAGCCGAGGCCUGGCACAGAGGGGAGCAUCCUGCUUGAUGUGGCCUCCAGCAAAAGCUUCAUGGAAUUCUUGCCGCCUUUGGCCAGCUGCUUCCACGAGGACCAGCCUGGCGAUAGACCCCCCAGUGAGGAACUUCUCAGCGUGGAAGAAGUGGGCCUGCAGGGCUUCAUCCCUUGGGGGGAGCUCUUGGCAGUGAGCGAGGAGGAGGCGGUGGGGCCAGAGCAAAAUCGGUUGGAGGAGGCCUCAGCCGAGGGGGAAGAACAGUCGAAGGAGGGAGAGGGGCAGCCGUGUGGCCCAGAGCCGGAGCCAGACAGGCUGAACAGCAAAGAGGUGUGAGAGAUCUUGCCUAAAAGGCCCCCCGAGCGAGGGGCUCAGGGACCUUGCCUAGGGAGAGAGGGCAUCUUCUGCUCCUCGGCAGCACCUGGGAGACUGCCAUUUGACCAGCCAAGGCCCAGAGCGGUGAAGACUCCAACGUGGAGCCAUGUUGCCCCAGUGGAGCUGAGGAAGCUUCAGGAACAGCCCAGGGGACUGUGCACUCCAGAUUUCCCCUGGGGUUCUGGUGAAGCCACGGAAGCAGCGAUGAACAUGGCUUUGGCCUUUGGAUGGUGUAGAAAGCGGACUGGCCUCCCUGAAGCUUCUUUCCAGCCUUGCUGGAAUCACCAAGUGAACCAGGUUUUCUUAGAAAUGUACAAAUCAGUUGCUGAGUGGGGGUGGGGGUGUUACCAAGUGCAAAUAGUAAUAUAUUCUAUGCAUCAAUGGUUGGUGGUGGGGGGGGGAGAUGUCAUGUCCAAAGUGUUGCUGGUUAAGAUUUCUGUGUUUCUGAAUUAUGACACCCUUACGAAGUCCUUGUGCUGUAGGUACAAUCUGUAGUAAAGCACUCUUGGCCCCGGUUGCAUCAUUAUUCUCUGCUGGACUGAGACGUAGAGCCUCAUUAGCCUCUGGGGAGGCCGGAGAGGGAUGUGGAAAAGGGGCCGAAGAGUAGAGCCUCCCUGGGCAGGAGCAGUUUGUUGUGAAGGAGUUUGAGGAGGCCUGGAAAGCCAGGGGAGGUGAGGAUGUUAAGGAGCAAGGUUUGGCCAAGGACUGGCCAAAAGGCUGUCUGAUUUCUACAAAUCUCCAGUCAAAGGAGGGGGAGGCAUGGUUGAUGCCACAUCAUAUUUGCCUGGAUUUGUUCAUGAGAACCACAGAAGAUGGGCUUCGGAAUCUGACCCCCUACAGAUGUGCCACAACAGGAGAAGAAGUCCCCAAUGAAAUUUAGGGGUGCUUCUGAGGAUGCUUACAAGGAGGGGUUCAGAGACCUAUGGCUGUUGGCCUUCAAGCAGCUUUCCCACAUUCUCCAAAGAUGCUCUGCAGAGGAGGAGAACAAAUUGGUCCUUCUGGGAAAAGGAAGCAGCUGGGAGGCAGGUGGGUACAGGAAGAGCCAGCCAACUCAUUCCAGGGCCUCCAGCCUGGAGGAAGGCAAAGCAGCUUCAAUCUGAAUGGAGAAUCACAUCUCACGUUCUUGGCAAUGGCUUGAAAUGGUUCCAGACAGGCUGCUUCUCCAAAGCCUGGUGUGGUCAUUCUGGCAGUGCUUUUUCAGUAGAUCAUUUGCAUCUAAGAAAGAGGCAGACGAAACGAGUUAAAAGUGGAUUGCUAUAACAUUCCAUGUUUGAGCUGCAGCAACUGUGUGGCAGCACCUCUCUGGAGGGAGCCCAGGGCCCUUCGCAGGCCAGGAGGGACCGCAGAUUGGAGAGAUGCUUGUGGGUGUUAUCUCAAGCUGGAGAACCCUCUGGCGGCAUUCUUGCCACAGCUGCAAGGCAAGACAGUUUCCUGUGGGCAGAUGCUGCUCCCCCUUUCCCCUGGUCUGGCAGAUGUGGGGAGAGCUUUCUAGCUGUCCUUUUCUUGCUGAAGGAGCUAAGGCAGCAGGAGGGGGAAGAAUGAAGGGUGGAGGGCAGUUUGGUUGCACCGGCUGGAGGGAGUUCAAGCGAGAGGCUCUGUGGACAAACAGACUCCUGGAUGUUGAAAUGACAGUUAAACUGCCAAGACCCCCAGGGUGGAGUGGGGGGCUUCCUAGGAAAGGUGGUGUGCUGAAAUCUCUGAUUGAGUUACACAAAGGGUGGAAACAGGCAGCUGGAAUAAAAGUGUGCCCUGUCAGGGAGUUUGUGCAACUGGAGGUGGAAUGUAGAGUGGGCAGAUAACGUACAAUAAAGGCAAAAGAAAUCCUUCUAAACACUGUGAUGACUCAGAGCUGUUGCAUACCACAGCUGCACCACGCUGGAGGUAUCUUUUGCUGCCCAUUUCAGUUUUCCCCAUCAGCACUUCUGGCUGAUUCUCCCACCCGCCCACCCUCACCCCAAUUGCUACCAUACUGUGCCUGAGUCCAGAGCGCAGAGGAGGGCGGCUUCCUGAGGCCAGCCGAGAGGCAGAGGUGGGUGCGUGGCUGAACUAGCUACAGUCCUGCUCACAGCUCAGAUCCCGGGUCCUGGGAAGACCAGGGAGGGGGAACAGCACCAACCGCAGAGAAGUGCCAGUGCUGUGAAGCGAGGAGAACUCUCUUCACAGGGAAAUGGCUUCCAAGGCCCACCAAGCCCUCCAGGAUCAGAGGACAGUUCCAGUUGCCAGACUCUGGAUCAAAAAUAGGGCUGGGCCAGCUAUCUGGCCAUGUCGGUUCCGGAUGCCUGGGACGUUGCCAGGAUAAUCUCAGCUUCAUUUACUUCACUUUGCAGGCUUAUGUGCUACUCAAAUGGAAGCAGCCCAGCACCUCUAAAUUGUGUGGCAACGUUUGAGGGGUCAUUCCCCAUGCUGGUCUGGGGGCCUGAUGUGGGGAAUGCAAACUCUAUGAAGCCUGAGGAAGGGCUCAGCCUUCCAGGUGUGGCCAGGUCCAGGAAUCGAGCGCAGAUGCUUGUCAUCUUGAAGUGCCUUCCUUCUUCAUGCUGGCUGACUAGCCUUCACUCGCUGCCUGUUGUUUUAGUUGUCCUGUUUAAGGCCUCUCUCACUUCCCCCAAACUUGCUCCCAAAUCAGAUCCCUCCGAUAUCCUCCUUGACCCCAAAACCUGUGGGAAUCUCUGCCCAUAAAGAGUGGCAAUUUCUCUCUGCUCCUUUCUUCAGCCCAAUAGGAGUUCUCCAGGGUAUUUGGGGGACUGAGGGGGAGAUCUAUGCAAUCUCUAAAAGAAAGUGUUACAGCUAUUACAUUGCCAGCAGCUGGAGGGAGGGGGAGAGAACAAAGAAGCAAAAAGGAAGCUGGAAAUCCCCCUCCACCUGAAGGCUGGGGGGGAGGGGGCUUGGUGAGCCCUAGUUCCCCUUUCCCAGCCAGACUCACAGUGCCAAAGAAGAGAGACCUAUAGCACAGCCACUCCUUCUGUGCUGCUUUCUCCUCCAGCACCCCGUCAUGGGGACCCAGCCAUUGACUCAGAGCAUCUUACGUACAACAUCAAGCUAUUCCACUGUGCUGUGGUUUGUUAGGGCACAGCCCGUUCGGGAACUCAUGUUCCUAAUUCUUAAUGUGCGCAGCUGUGGCUGGAUUGAGGCAGGGGUCACAGGGCCACUCUGUGGCCAUUCUUGUGGCCAGGUGCCUUCAAUCGAGAGGAACUGGGCCUUCCUGAGCCAAAAUGGUUCUCUUGGCCUUGCGAUCACCAGCGCGCCGGAGGGAGAGCCUCACACAGAUCAUGUGGUUAAUGUUGCUUUAUUGGUCAGCGCAGACCCAUUCCUUUGCGGAUAUUAGCAUUACAGCGUAUUGCACACAGAAAUGAAGGCAGGCGAGAUGUUAGAGGGGGACAGACCUAACGGGGAGCCAAAGGGCCAGAGGAGAACUGUGCUGUUUAGGUGAGACUUCCACCACACUCAGCAGAUGUGUGGCUUCUCUUUCUUUGCCCCGAGGCCAAGUGAGUCAGAGGAACAGGAGUACUCGGGUACUAAUUGCCACAUGCAGGAACAGCAGAAGCAGUAUUUUUCUCCUUGGGCUGCCAAAGGUCAAAUUGGUUCUCAUGGCUAAGGAUGAGCAAUCAUUUUUAUAAAUUUUGCCGUAAAAUGGGUAAGGAGAGACUGCUGAAGCUUGCUUCAAAAUUACAAAAUAUUGGAGUGACUCUCAGGCAGGGCUGUGUGAGGAGGAAGAAGAGGAGGAGCAGAUGGGUCAGAGACCUUCUACUGCCUAAGAGGAAGGAACAGUUCUUUGUCUCCCCACCCCUUAGCUUCAGCUUCUAAGACACAUUCAUCAGUGGGUCAGAACAUUCACUUGUCUAACUACAGACAUACACUUGGUCUGCUAGCUAAACACCAGUCAGAAGGGCAGCAAUUCAAGCCAUGAGAACCACAAAGGUUGGCAUGCAUUUCCCCUCAUCCAGAACCAGAUGUCCCAAGGCUGAUCUGGGCUCCUGCAGACCAAAGAAUUCAAAUGUGAUGGGGGGAGGGAUAAUUCUUCAUCCUCUGUCAGUUUGCAGCAUUUAGAAACGUGAGUACCCUGUGACCUGGGAGUUAAGAGCCUACAAUAAAAGUCAAAACAUUUUAAACACAAAUGCAAAACAACUAUACCUGUACAUGAAAAAAUACAUGUCAUUAAAAAUUAAUAAAUUAAACAAUAACUGGAAAAAAAAUACCACUGCUCUAUUUCUCCUCGGCUGCCCUCUCCUUUGAAGAGUGCCAGGUAUCAUCUGGUUCUUCCAAGCUGAUCUAUACCGGCAGAGGACAAAGGGAGGCUUUCUUGCAACCUGCUCAGCACUGCACCAGACAGUUCCCAAUGCUGCUGCCUCAACCGCCCACCCAUCCCAGGCACAGACAGCUUUGCAUGGAUGUGCUGAUCCAGAAAGCCCUCGUCACAGAAAGCGAAAGAUUUUGCUUUCAGCUGGGCCUUUGAGAGGAUGAGAGCUGUGGGUGGAGUGGCAGACGCCAUCCCAGCCUCAGGCCCUUGGACAAGGGCAAAAGGGCAGCCUGGGCACAGAUCAUCACAGGAACCUCCCCCAUUCAAAUUAUUGUGCCACAGAGGGGAAGAUGGGUUGUGCCAUCUCUCUGAAGGGCCUGAGUUGCCAAAGUAGCAUUUGCCACUUUAUGUCUGUUCUCUUGAGACCGUCUCUUCGGUUCAGCUUCCCCAGAAAGUAGGGCCUUGUGGCCACCUCCUUGCUUGGCUUGCUCUAGAGGGCAAGAGCCUUGCCUUCUCCAUCAGGCCUUUGUCUUCUUCCAGUGGGGUCCCCAACAUUCCCUCCUAGGAUUGUCCAAGAGCCAGAUCCACGAAUCCAGCAGGAGGGAGUUCAGCCAUGGGAUGAGAAGGAACAGGGCAGAUGGGGCAGACAAACCAAAUCAAGGGAGAUGAACUCCUUGGUAGCAAUUCCAGGGAGAGCAAAGAAGUGGUGGGGCCACUCUGCACACGUCUCCAGGCAUGUGGGACAGGUCUCGGGGGCUCUGGCAAGCAAGAACCACACACGGAUGGAGUGCUGCUCUUGCUGAGUUCAGCUGACGCUCAGGAAAGGCA